AUGGACAGCGCCAGCAGCCUCGUGGACGACACCAGCAGCGGCGGCGGCGCGUCCACGGACAAGCUAAGGGCUUUGGCCGUCGCCGCCGCCGCCUCGGGGCCGCCGCUGGAGCGCAUGGGCAGCGGCGCCAGCGCGGUCGUGGACGCGGCCGAGCCUGGGGCCGAGGCGGAUUCCGGCUCUGCCGCCGCCCCGGGCUCCGCCUCCGGUGCCGCCGCCGCAGUGGGCGUGGGCAGGAAGCUGCCGUCGUCCAGGUACAAGGGCGUGGUGCCGCAGCCCAACGGGCGGUGGGGCGCACAGAUCUACGAGCGGCACCAGCGCGUGUGGCUCGGCACCUUCGCGGGCGAGGCCGACGCCGCGCGCGCCUACGACGUCGCGGUGCAGCAGUUCCGGGGCCGCGACGCGGUCACCAACUUCCGCCCGCUCGCGGACGCCGACCCGGACGCCGCCGCCGAGCUCCGGUUCCUCGCGUCCCGCUCCAAGGCCGAGGUCGUCGACAUGCUCCGCAAGCACACCUACUUCGACGAGCUCGCGCAGAAUAAGCGCGCCUUCGCAGCCGCCGCCGCCGCCGCCGCGUCGCUAGCCAUCAACAACAACAACAACCAUUCCUCCCACGCGUCGCCCUCCCCCGCGACGGCGCGGGAGCACCUCUUCGACAAGACGGUGACCCCCAGCGACGUGGGCAAGCUGAACCGGCUGGUGAUCCCGAAGCAGCACGCCGAGAAGCACUUCCCGCUGCAGCUCCCGUCCGCCGGCGGCGAGAGCAAGGGCGUGCUCCUCAACCUGGAGGACGCCGCGGGCAAGGUGUGGCGGUUCCGCUACUCCUACUGGAACAGCAGCCAGAGCUACGUGCUCACCAAGGGCUGGAGCCGCUUCGUCAAGGAGAAGGGCCUCCAGGCCGGCGACGUCGUCGGCUUCUACCGCUCGUCCGCGGCCGGCGCCGGCGCCGACAGCAAGCUCUUCAUCGACUGCAAGCUGCGGCCUAACAGCGUCGUCACCGCCUCGACGACGACAAGCCCCGUGGGGUCAUCGCCUCCGGCGCCGGUGGCGAAGGCCGUGCGUCUCUUCGGCGUCGACCUGCUGACGGCACCAGCCACCGCCUCAGCGCCGGCGGACGCCAUGGCCGCCGGGUGCAAGAGAGCCCGGGACUUGGCCUCGCCCCCGCAGGCGGCGUUCAAGAAGCAGCUCGUGGAGCUGGCACUAGUGUAG